UUUCGUUUUAUGUUUUAUCGUAUGGAAAAGGAAAUCAUGAAAAACUCGGAGGAAUGGAUGUAUAAGUGAGUAUUUUGAGCUUGAAAAUUUCACUGUAGAAUCUGUAAAGAUUCGAAGUGCUGAGUCAGGGCUGCCGAGUUGCUGAGUCUUUCAUGGCCGAUUUUCAGACAUCGACUCACAGAGCCAAGUGGAUCUUCACUCCACAAGAACUGGUUGAGAAAUACAAGGCUGCAAAUCAAAGAGCAAUACAAACACUGGAGAAGUAUGGAACAACACAAAUGGAAGUAGAUGCUGAUGGCUCACUGUCAUACCCUGAACCUAUUGCAAGAGAUAAUGCUGACAAGCAUUCUCGUGCGAAACCUCUUAACAUCGAAGAAGAACAAUUCAUGCGGGUGUUUUAUGAGAACAAACUUCGAGAAGUUUGUAGUGCGUUCUACUUUCCUAAUAAAAUUCAGGCAACAGCUCUAAUUUAUUUCAAAAGGUUUUACCUGCAAUGGUCAGUCAUGGAACAUCAUCCGAAGCAUAUAAUGUUAACCUGUGUGUAUGCAGCCUGCAAGAUAGAAGAAAAUCAUGUAUCAGCAGAGGAGCUUGGUAAGGGGAUUUCGCAGGAUCAUCAAAUGAUUCUCAAUUACGAGAUGAUUGUUUAUCAGAGUCUGGAAUUUGAUCUCAUUGUUUAUGCACCCUAUCGUUCAGUUGAAGGUUUUGUCAAUGACAUGGAGGAAUUCUGUGGAGCAAAGGAUGAACAAAAUCAAAUUCUAAAGGAUUUGCAAGAAACUGCAAGGAUAGAAGUUGACAAAAUUAUGCUUACUGAUGCUCCACAUCUAUUUCCUCCCGGCCAGUUGGCACUGGCUGCUUUGCGCUGUGCGAAUGAGAUGCAUAGAGUUCUCGACUUUGAGAGAUACCUCAGAAGCAUUCUCACACGCCAGAAUUCUGAGCACACCAUUUCCCAGCUUAUAGAAUCCCUAAAUGCUAUAGAUACUUGGGUUAGGAAAUACAAGUUCCCCACAGAAAAGGAUAUGAAGCAUAUCAACCGGAAACUAAAAUCUUGUUGGGGGCAUAGCUCGCAUGAUGAUAAGAAGCGGGAGAAGAAAAGGCACAAAUCCAAUAAAAGUUCAAACGAAAUUCCGAAUGGACCAUCCAUUGGCUAACUGUUAUAUUUUGGCCUGCACAUCGGAACCACCUUGUUCGAUGGAGACAGUAGUUUGGUUUAGCUCCUUUCAAGAUUUGUGUAGGGUCCAAGUGAUUACGAUACCACAUUCUCCCGAGAACCAGGGCUAUCGCAACAUUUCGUUUUCUUUGAUUCUCAUGGCAGAGCUUUCUGUAGCAGGCGACAGUACAUGUUCUGCAUGGUAGCCAGACUUCUGGAGAAGAGCCUAAACCUCUUUUAAUCUGAGGUUGCUGACCAUUAGGCUUCUGGUUUCAUGUGAUGGAACUUAGAGUUUUCGAUACUCGAAAAGUGGAUUCUGGCUUGAAGAGAAAUUUUUGACAGCAUAGGACUUUGUUUAUUUUUAAUAUUGCACAUUGGCGCUUUAUGAUUGUUCAUGUUUAUAAUAUGGAAAAUGAAAAAUUCUAAAACGAGUUUUCUUUA